AUGGUAGCACUUGACCGCGAUCACAGCAAACGCAAAACAGAACCCUCAUCUCCCACCCUGACCAACACAUUAACACAUCCAUACAACACUCGCAUGCUCUUGUAUCUCCUUCAAGUCCCUUUGAUCGCCCUACUCUCGCACGGCAGAAUGUGGAAAGAUGUCAGCCGCAGCCUUUGGCUCCAUGUGUGUCCUCAUAGAGCAAAGCGGACACAGGAGCUCCAUUUCACGGCAGCAUAUUGA